UUUCGCACUUACUUUUUAUUCACUGCAAAUCUGCGUAUUAAAGCUCAAACUUGUUAAAUUCGCCCACCCAUUAAAGCACAUGUCUGACGGCGCAAUCUUUGCCAAAAAGCCCGAGCUGGCCCUGGCCCAGCACAAAUUCGCAAUUAUCAAUGGCACGCCCGAGCAGAGCAAAGAGGCCAUGAAGAAGCUCGUCGAGGGCAUUAAGGAGGACAAGAUGAUUGCAUUCUACACCAGGCUCGUUGCCGAGGGCGUGCUUCAGGAGGACAAGGCCAUGGAAAAGGAGCUCGAGGAGGCCAGUGCUGUGGAGCUCGCUACUUUGGACAAGAAGCUUGAGGCGGCAAAGGAGGAAAGCGGCGAUUUGGAGCAGAACGAAUGCAGCAUCCACCGCGCGAUUUUUCUGGCGCAGACCGGUGAGGAUGACAAGGCCCACACCGCGUACGAGGAGAUUAUCCAAAGGCCCACUACAACGCUCAACCAGAAGCUAGACAUUGUUUUCAGCAAGCUCAGGCUGGGCAUGUUCUACUACCGGCCGCAGAUCAUCCAGAAGGAAAUUGACCGGGCGCACGAGCUCGUGAACAAGGGCGGCGACUGGGAUCGCAGGAACCGCCUGAAGGCCAUCGAGUGCGUGUGGCGCUGCAGCCAGAGGCAGUUCAAGGAAGCCAGCGACCUGUUUAUUGAGUGCCUGAGUACAUACGCCAGCCCUGAGCUUAUGUCACUUGCUGACUUUGUCUGCCACGGCGCGCUUGCCUGCGCGGUGGUCAUGCCCCGGUCCGAAAUCAAGAAUAAGGUUAUUGACGCCCCCGAGGUUGUCGAGGUCAUCAACUACAUACCGAGCGUCGACAAGCUAUUGCGGUCAUUGUACGACUGUAAGUACGCCGACUACUUUGUGGCACUGGCGGGUGUCGAGACCGAGCACCUGAGCGUGUCGCGCUACCUGUUUGCGCACCGCAGAUUCUAUACACGAGAGAUGCGCAUCCGCGGCUACGCGCAGCUGCUCGAGUCGUAUUUGUCUCUGACUAUAAAGUCAAUGGCCGAUUCGUUUGGCGUCACGCAGGACUAUAUCGACAAGGAGCUGGCGCGCUUUGUCGCAUCUGGACGCUUGCACUGCGUUAUUGACAAGGUCGGCGGCAUAGUUGAGACCAACCGCCCCGAUACAAAGAACGCACAGUACCAGACAACCAUCAAGCAGGGAGACUUGCUCCUCAACCGCAUCCAGAAGCUCUCGGGAAUAAUUUCGAUCUAAUGUGCACUGACAGCGUGUAGAUUUUGUCGUCUGUUUACUUUAUAUAAGUGGAAUUUUGCCUAUUGUUGUUUCCGCAAAAAAUGGAUUAUUCGUAU